AUGGAUUUUCUUAGUUCUGCAGAUCUAAUUCUAAAGAAAACGUUAACAACUGUCCCCUCCGGUCGUCCUCGUCGUAGACGUUCAAGUAAAGUUAAAGACGAGCCGAACAAAGAGGAAGUCGAUGAGGAUGACCAAUAUAUUAGUAACAUACUACAAGAAUUACGCGUUGAGCUCGAUGUGAAGCGACGAGAAGAGGAAAGGUUGCAGCGAGAAAUCGCUGAUGUGCUAACGGAGUGCGCUUCAGGGAGUUCUGGAGGUGAGCAAAGCCGGGCUUUCGGAAUGGCUGUGUCACGCUUGAACAAUGCUAUGCUGGUUGUGGAGGCCGAUGCAAAGCAACUUGCAGCAAGCUUAAGGACUAUCUCACGGCUAGCCGAUAACAUCAGUGGAAAGGUUUCCGCACUUGAUGUAGCGAAAACUCGCGUCGUAGAGUGCCUUCAACUUGCUGGUGAUAUGCAUGAUUUGGGCGUCUGCAGCGAAGAAGUGGAUCAGUGCAUUAAUAACGAGGACUACGAACAGGCAGCGCAGCACAUUCAUCGGUUUCUUACUUUGGAUAGGGCUGUUUUUCAAUUUAGCAGUGCAGCUGACAAAGGUGAGACUUAUCUCGCUGGCCAAUCAGUAUCUCAUAGUUAUGAAAUUCUAACUAAUGCUACAACUCGAUUGAAAGAGAUUCUGGAACGCAAGCUGGAGUCAGCAGUGGAUACUGAAGAUGUUGCUGCAAUGCAACGGUAUUUAGAAUGUUUUGGUUUUCUGUAGCU